CUGAGGCUGUUGCUUCAGGAUACAAAAUGACAGCAGUCGUCUUUAGUCCUAGCAAGAAGGUCAUGAAUGUGGAUGAGGUCCAAAGAAAGGGCUAUGCAAUAGCCAACACUCCCACACGGCUGGUGUUAAGAAGCCCUCAUAAUGCAGAGGAGAUAUACCUCCAGAAUGUAGCUGGGGUUCCGAUGCGGGUGCUCUCAACCUCAACCUUCUUUGAGCAGAAGUGGCUGGUUACUCGAAUAGAUGCCACGGCUUUUUGUCCAACACCAGAGGCAGUGGCCUUUACUCCAGAAGUGAUCACCUGGUACAUGCCCAAACAUCACCCACUUUUCUCCUCUGAUGCCUUCACCAUGUUGGAGGUGUACAUGGGAAUUGACGCUAAGAGGCUGGACACUGAGGAAAUGGCUGCCAGAAACUACUCGGUUUUAGUCACAGAGGCUCAUAUUAUUGUUGAAAUUCCAGUGGGGGCGGUUGGCGGCUACUUCAAGAGCCAUAUUCAGGAUGACCAGUACUUUGUCACUUACACCAUUGAGUCCAUGCUUGAGUUUCUGUGGAUCGAGGAGGUCGCACAUGAGGACAUCAGCUACAAAGUCCUCUUCCCUAUCACAACACCUCCGAUGGCCAGGCCUCCACAAGUUCGCAACUACACACCCUUAGACACAGUUCCUGAGCAGGCAGUGUUUGUGCUUGAGUUGGGGACCUUCAACCUUGAUGUGGAGCUGCUGAACAUCACCUUUCCCACCACGGUGCUAACUGUUGUAGAGUGCAACGCCAGAGGCUUCAAUGUUCAGGAGCAGAGAUCCCCGGACAACACCUUGAAGACCUUCAGGAUGGAGGUGCCCUUCUCAUACCCGGUUGUCUUUAAAGAGCUGAUCUACGGCCUGGUCAUCUUUCCAGAGUACGCUCCUUUCUCUCACUCUGCCGUUGUGGACGCUGUACUGCUGGACAUUGGUAUGUCUCUGGACUACGCCAAACUACUGUUGAAUGGUUUCCUCUCGUUAAUGAUUGCUCUGAAAGGAAAUUGGCAGUGA